UUUCCCCCCUCCCGUUUCCUGUCGGAAGGAAUUGAAUGUAGCGCAUGCGCUUUGCUGAUGUGGAAGUGCUGUACAGUGAUAAACAAACAAACAAAUCAGAGGGGGAAAAAACAUUAACUCUUAGAUUGUACUUCAUAUAAUGGCAGUGAGCGCUGUACAUUUAGAGUCAGACGCAUUUCUAGUAUGCAUGAACCACGCUCUGAGCACGGAGAAAGAGGAAGUAAUGGGGCUCUGCAUUGGCGAGGUGGACACAAACCGCAUUGUGCACAUUCAUUCUGUCAUAAUUCUGCGUCGAUCAGACAAGAGGAAAGACCGAGUGGAGAUCUCCCCAGAGCAGCUGUCAGCCGCAUCUACUGAAGCGGAGAGGUUGGCUGAUAUGACGGGACGUCCCAUGAGGGUUGUGGGCUGGUACCACUCUCAUCCACACAUUACUGUGUGGCCAUCACAUGUUGAUGUUAGGACUCAAGCAAUGUAUCAGAUGAUGGAUCAGGGUUUUGUUGGCCUCAUCUUCUCAUGCUUUAUAGAAGAUAAAAACACAAAGACUGGUAGAGUUCUGUACACCUGCUUCCAGUCUGUACAAGCCCAGAAAGGCUCAGAGUAUGAACGGAUUGAGAUCCCCAUCCAUGUAGUCCCACAUGAAGCCAUUGGGAAAGUAUGUCUGGAGUCUGCCGUGGAACUACCCAGAAUCCUCUGUCAAGAAGAACAGGAUACAUACAGAAGGAUUCACAGUUUAACUCAUCUGGAUCCAAUCACAAAGAUACAUAAUGGAUCAGUGUUCACUAAAAACCUGUGCAGUCAGAUGUCGGCCAUAAGCGGCCCGCUGCUGCAGUGGCUGGAAGAUCGACUGGAACUGAAUAAACAUAGUAUCAUCAAACUCCAGAAAGAGAAAGAGCGACUGACACAAGAAUUGGCUUCAUUAUAAGGAGAAUAAAAGGAAGCAAUGAGAGUUUUAACAAAUCUGCCCUACUGCCAUAUUUGAAUCAGGAAUCGAUGGGAGGGCAAAGACAAGAUGUCUGUAAUUUCACAUUUUGGGACCUCAGCACAUUUCUAAUGCUGUGUCUCAGUGCUUCCAUCCAGAGAUUUGAAUUACUGUCUGACUCUUGUCGUGUGUGUGUGUGUGUAUAUAUAUAUAUAUAUAUAUAU